CUUUUCGUUUUUCUCACUCAUCAUUUCUCUUCCUUCCUACAUUCUCUCUCUAAAAAGAAAGGAAAAGAAAAGGGAAAGAAAAAGAAGAGAGUGUAGGUGGAGAGAGUGCGCACUGCAGACAGAUCUGGGAGAAGAGGAUGGGACACAAUCAGAAUCAGAGAUCUCUGAUCUACGCGUUCGUCUCUCGCGGCACCGUGAUUCUUGCGGAGUACACCGAAUUCAGCGGCAACUUCAACACCAUCGCUUUUCAGUGCCUCCAGAAGCUCCCUGCCUCCAACAAUAAAUUCACCUACAACUGCGACGGCCACACCUUCAAUUACCUCGUCGACAACGGAUUCACGUAUUGUGUUGUUGCGGAUGAGUCGAUUGGGAGACAGGUGCCUGUGGCUUUUCUGGAGCGCGUGAAGGAUGAUUUUAUUGCCAAGUACGGCGGGGGGAAGGCGGCGACGGCAGCCGCCAACAGCCUGAACAAGGAAUUCGGGUCCAAGUUGAAGGAGCAUAUGCAGUACUGUGUUGAGCACCCUGAAGAGAUAAGCAAGCUUGCUAAGGUGAAGGCUCAGGUUUCUGAAGUUAAAGGUGUCAUGAUGGAGAACAUUGAAAAGAGGCUUCACAGUUACACAGCCACUUACUCACUUUAUGCAUGCCUUAUUUUGGUUCUGGACAGAGGGGAAAAGAUAGAGCUUCUGGUAGACAAGACUGAAAAUCUUCAUAACCAGGCACAAGACUUCAGGAAUUCUGGGACGAAAAUCCGUAGAAAAAUGUGGCUGCAAAACAUGAAGAUAAAGCUGAUUGUGUUGGCAAUUUUGAUAGCCCUGAUCCUCAUAAUAGUCCUCUCUGUUUGCCGUGGGUUCAAUUGUUGAAAAUAAGCACGGAGUCAUUUGACCUUGUUGUGAUUAUAUAUGAGGAAAAGAUGUGGAAUGAAUGGAUGACAUGAUUUUGUAUGUAGUAAAAAUAUGGGAUCUCUUAUAUUGUUCAUUUUAAAGAUUUUACAGUAUCAUAUAAGAAUGCUUUUGGAAAUAUUAA